AUGGGCGCUGCGUGCAGCUGCUCGUCCCGGCAGGAGGGGUCGCCCGACGACACACCGACGCCCUCGCCGCCGCUAUCCACCGCCAUAGCCUCCCCGGCUGAGCCGGUGCCGUCGGAGCACGAGACGGUGCACGAGGCGCAGCCAGACGUCGAGAGCGCCGAGGGCCACGGAGAGACUGCGUCCAGCGCUUCCGCGGCAGAGGCUGCGGAGCCCGCGACCGACGUGAUGACGGCGCGCGGGAUGGUGCCAGCGGCAGCCGCGCCCGAGCCUGCAUGCGCUGCUGCGCCUGAGCCGCCGCCCGAGCCGCCGACGGUCCUGGAAUGGUUGCAGAGCUUCCGCGCCCUGAACUGCAUACCAGGGUUCGCGACGCCCGCGCCCUGCUUGGAUCGGUGCUCGAAGCGCGACUCGGGCGCCGCCACGGACGCCGCUGCAGCCGAGCGGGAUCUUCCAGCAGAGACUGCCCCGCCGCCGGCCGCGCCAGCGGCUGCUCCCUGCGAAGGAACGGGCGAGCCGGUCCUCGUCCUGCCUCCGAGGGAGGAGCAGCUGCUGAGCACUCGGUCCGAGUCGGAGAGGGAGUCGCCGCCCGGCGCGCGGCGAAGCGAGGUCAAGGGCUUCGUCCCGCGCGAAGAGUGGCUCCCCUUCUCCGAGCCGGAGCUGCAGGUCCUCGCCACUGUCCGCCGCUGGCUCGGCGCCGCCCGCUUCGACGCGGUCCCGCUCGACUUGCUCGUCUGCUUCGUGCGCGGGUACGCGUACCGCAAGGACUGGGCGGAGACGGUGCUCGACUCCCCUCCCGCGGACCGCCCGCUCUUCGAGCAGCUCUACCAGAGCGGGCCGGUCGGGCGAGACAAGCAGGGGCACAUCGUCGAGCUGAUGCGGCUCGGCCGGCUCAAGGUAUCCAAGCUCUUCAAGAGCUUCGAGCUCGACGCGAUCAUCACGCAGGCGCCUGGGAGGAGGAGAGGCGUGAUCAGAGGAGAGGCAGUCACCUACGCCGCCGAGGCGAAGCGCGCGUGCAACAUCGCAAACUGCGGCGCGCUGGGCAAGCGGACGUACAAGACGGUGGUCGUGAUCGACUGCGCAGGCAGCCUCAACUCGGACCACCUGACGAAGGAAUUCCGCGUGCUGCUCAAGAAGACGGCCGAGGUGCUGUCCGGACACUACCCGGAGACGAUGCACAAGACGUACAUCAUCAACGGUCCGCUCAUCGUGCGCGCCGCGUGGAACGUGUCGCGCCACAUGAUGCACCCCAUCUCUGCCGCGAAGUUCUCCAUCCUCGGCUCCGACUGGAAGAAGGUCUUCGACCGGGACGGCGUCGUGCUCGACGGCAACGCGCUCCCCGCAUCCAUCAGCUGGAGCGAGGCUGUCGGCGAGCUCGCCGACGGCGGCGCGGCGAGGCGCCGCGGCUGGGCCCCUCCCGCCGACCUCGCAAACCUCGCGGCCCUCGCGGCCGUCGCGGAGUAG